AUGCAUUAUCUCAAUGGAAGAGAGCUAGAUACUAUUCCAGCCAAAACGGUCGUUCCGGCGAUCCAGAUGGAGCGGCAUCUCUCAUUUUGCAUGACAGAGCGUUUUCCGAGAAUAUCGCACAGAGCAAAACUCCGAUAG